CCGACUUCUCAUGGUCUUUGUCCGUACUGAGUGAUAUUAUCAGUACCAACCACAAAUCCGGAGCCCCACGGUCCGGAUUAAUUGUUUUUAUUUAAUUUCUAUUCUUUACAAUUACAACAAACAGCCCUUACUCACCAGCAAGUUCAAUAAAAUCGUUCGAGCUAUUUUUUACCAAGUUAAACGGAGAUUUAAAACCUAAAAAAUAAUAACCAUCGCCAUCUUAAAAAAUUAUUGACUCACGCUCGAAGAACAUCAAUUAACAAACAAUAAAUUACGCAAAACAAUGUUCAACAUCUACUACCCUCUGAGUAACUUCUCGACGUCUCGAAAAAAAAUUCCAUACGCGAGUGUCAGUUUAAAAUUUUUCUGAAGAUAAACUUUUAAUAGUUUUAUAUUGUUAUUUUAUUAUUACUAUUAUUAUUAUUACUAUUGUUAUCAUUAUAACUAUUAUUAUUAUCAGCAACUGUUAUUACUGCUAUUAUUUGACAGUUGUGUCAUGUUAAUCUCAAGUGAUUUGACCAUUUUGUCAGCUAUUAAUAGCGGACAAAUAUAUGUGCGGAAAUAAAUAAUAUGAGUUUGCAAUAAAUAAGAAUUUAUAAAAGGAAGCCAUCGCCAUUGCUGGACUCAAUUAUCGUCGUAUCACUUUCAUUGGUCGCUGUUGUUGGCCCUCGGCAGCAGCUGAACCCUGUGUAUACUCAGAGGGCCAUGAUAUCAGCUCGGCCUCUGGGAUAAAUCCAGGACAAGAAGUCUAAUAAAGUCCGUUCGUAACAAAGAAAAGGAAUUAUUGAAAAAGUUGUGAAAGAGUCGAAAUGAAUCCGGGUAAUCAGCAUCAUCGGGGCAUGAGCAUGCAGGGACGGUAUCGAAAUGGCGGCGCCGGAUCAGGAUCUGGGCCAGCAUUGGCCCGUUCAGCUCCGAGCAGCCACAACCGUUCCAGCUGGCACUCACACUCUCACAAUUCUCAUAAUCAACUUAAUCAGCAUAAUCAGCAGUUCAACAAUAAGGAGUACCCCUAUCGUCAAGGAUCCUCCGCACGAUAUCAUAAUGGAGACUCAGGAGUAAGUUCAUCAUCAAACCCUACGGUGAAAGAAGUAUACCAUGGCCCAAAUAACGCCAACGUAGCUUACAAGCCCUCGUCGCACACAAACCGUGUCACCCAACCACCCCCGAGUCAGUCAUCGCAACCCUCAUCAUCGUCUCAUUUUCCAUCAGAUCUCACUCUUACUAACCAUCGGCGAGCCAUUUCACCGCCUCCAUUAAGAAUAAAUAUCUGCGGCCAGGAAAGCUCAACAAUGCGUGGUCCAUUAAUGAACCUGAGCCCAUCACUAAGCGUGAACUCUGACCUGGAAUACCGACGGGCUCCGCAGGCGGCGAAUCUCUCCGCAUUGAGUCCUAACGUUCCAAUGCAAUCCUCAUCAGCAUACUACCGACAGUCAACACUGGACACACCAGAGGGUCGUAAAAGCGAGUCGCCAUCUCGAAAGCGCCGUCGUAUUUCCAGGAACGCGCAGGUGAGCGCCUCCAGCAUGAACGUGGGCAGCAACGGGGGUCCAGUUUCGCUGGCAGGUAACCUGGAGAACCACCCGGGGCACCACCAGCUGGCCAGUCACCAGCAAGAGCCGACUUCUUCGACCCAAUCCCCGCCUCUGAUGUCGAACGCUGCGCCUUGGGAGCUUUCCGCACCACAAAGGCGUUCUCCGCGCCACCACAUGGCCGUCAGAGGCAGCCCGCCAAUCAGGAGCCGUUAUGUGCGCUGCCCAGACCCGCUUUUCUCCAACGGGUACCAGUUUUUCCCGACGGUCCAACAGCAUCUCCAUGGCGCCCAUCAUAGCUUGCAUAACAGCAAUCACAAUCUUCACUCUGGGAAUCUCCAUGGACUCCACAAUACUCACACGCACCACGGCUUGCAUGGUCAUCAUGGCCACCAGGGUCACCAACACCCCAUCCAGCAGGGAACUGGGCAUCAUCCGUCAACGGGGACCAACAACUUGGUCGUUGAUGUUAACCAGGUUGGAGUGUCUGGUCUGGGUGUCACUGUCAGUGGAGAAGCCAUCUGGCCUACUACUGGGUUCCACCCCGCCAGGUUGUCCUGCCAUCUUCACGGAACCUACCCGGCGCCCACUACCGCUCAUCCCUUCUCUUACUCGUGCCAGAUUACUCAUCAUCACCACCACACGCAUUAUCCAGCCGGUCCCCCACCACCUGGCCACAGCUUGAUUACGGCUACCGCAAGAGGAUACGCUGCGCCAUCUGGAGUUCCGACCAUACAUGCUCAUCCACCGCCGCCUGUUCAUACUACACACUAUACGGCCCACCAUCAGAUACCUCAGCAGGUAAUGCGAGAAGUUGACCCGGAAUUGAUCGACGGAUCGCACGUGCACUAUCACCACCCGCAUGUCCACCGAGUGGGGGGAAACGGGCCACCCGGGCCCCCACCACCGCAGCCUCAACCCCCGCCACCAAUGACGCUGUCCCACUCUUACUCCCCACCGGCGCUGGCGGCCCAGGUGGCGUCACCGUCGCCGAUGUUCCUCCCGGAGACUCGGAACAACCAGAUGGAGCUGAUGCAGCCGCGAACGAGGCGCACUGCCGUCGGCAGGAACCAGAACCGCUCGAGACAGAACCCGCAUUCGAACUGGCGACGUGGUGGAGGGGCGCCACCUAUGCCCCCACCUUAUCCCGCGGGACUGUUGUUCCACUUCUUGGCAAUGUUUAGUAAUCCACCAUUAUCGUCAUACAGUCAAACUGAUAUGUCAUCACCGGAGAAUGCAGAAACCGAAAAUUACGAGGCGCUGUUGUCGCUCGCCGAGCGACUUGGAGAGGCUAAACCCAGAGGACUCACACGAGCCGAAGUCGACCAAUUGCCUUCGUAUAAGUUUAAUGCUGAGACUCACCAGGGUGACCAGACUAACUGCGUUGUCUGCAUGUGUGAUUUUGAACCGCCUCAGACACUCAGAGUUUUACCUUGCUCUCACGAAUUUCACUCUAAGUGUAUUGAUAAAUGGCUUAAGUCAAACCGAACAUGUCCAAUUUGCCGUGGUGACGCUGCAGAAUACUACAGUAGCCCAAACGGAGUAAACGGAGGAGGCAGUAGCACAACUAGCGGUGAAUGACCUCCAAUAUCACACGUACUUUAACAUUAGCUGUUAUUAUUAUUAAUAAUGCCUCCCAUUGAUGAUUGGGUGCCUAUUUUUUCAAGCUAUAAAUAUAUAUAUCUCAACGUACAUACAUAAAUAUAUUUAUAUUUAUAAUGGGUGUGUAUUUAAAUAUUAAUAUUAAUUAAAAAAAAAAAUUAACUCUAAAGAUCAAAUUAAUAACUUAUAAUUUUUGAUCAAACAAAAUAUUAAUAAUAAAUAAUAAUAAUAAUAAUAAUAAUAAAUACUUUUAGUUAACGUGUUAUAUAUAAUAUAUAAAUAUGUAAAAUUGCUAAAGUCCAUUUAAUCGCGUUCCUCCGUCCGUUUGCAGAAAAAAUUUUCAAAUUAUUAAAACAACCUAACUUAAAAA